GCUACGACUACUGUCUCACUCUGGGCGACGAAAUACAAUACAUCUGGGCAAGCAAACGGACAUUGUCCGUCCUCUUAUUCUGUGGCUUCAGAUAUCCUGCAGUCUUCAACACCAUAUUCGUCGUCCUCGGUGCAAAUGCCUUCCCAAGCUGGCAAUCAGAAUACGUAAAGGUCAGACCACGAAGGCUCUGAAGACUUUGUGCUUAUCUGAACACGGAGCAGCUGUCAGAUUCUCGUUCGAACACAGAUGGUCCUCACUGUUGUGUUGCUGACAAGUGCAGCAGUAUUCACGGCCUUGCGGGUAUACGCUAUAUAUGGCAUGCGCUGCUGGAUACUGUCAAUCGUACUCUUCCUUGGAGUCAUCAAUCCCGCAAUCUACAUCAUCUACUCAUUUGUCGCGUUGACACCAGGGCUAUACGCCCACGGGCCUCUGAUGUUCUGUGCCAGCUUCACGAAGGGUAAUAAUGACAGCGUUGUUUCAAGCUGGAUCAUCGGAGCUCGGGCGUCUUCGCUACUCGCAGACGGACUCGUUCUUGCCUUGACUUGGUGGAAACUUUUCCGUGCAAGGAGUAAGACAGAUAGUGCGAGUGCAACGUCCCUUACUUCCACCCUCGUUACGGAUACCGGGAUCUAUUUCCUGCUCCUGUGUAUCGUCAACAUCGUCGGCAUAGGCACAGGCCAUAUUUUCCAGCUCGUACCAUGCCUGUCAACAUUCAUUGCGCUACUAACAUCAGUGCUUCUCUCCCGGCUGCUGCUGGACCUACACAAAUCACAGACGGACGGCACUUCCAUGGACGUUUACGCCCAGACCACCGUCUUAUUCUCACUGUCAACUGUCGAGCGUGAUAUGCUCGACUCCGAUGCCAUGACGGACAUGGGGUUACACCGAUCCGGCGAAGAUGAGAUUUGUCCACUCGCGGUGGAGGAUGAUGGGGCUGCAUCUGUUGCUCAAUGUGGACUACAUGUGUGAUCAGAUGCAGCGAGCCCGAGGAAGAAGUACGCG